CAAAGGCUCUAGUGUUUAUUACUUUAGUUUGGGAAGGGGAGGUGCGCCACCCGGUGGCGAGUUCGAAUAGUACAUGCAGCAGCUGCAGAAGCACUGUAGCUCUGAGGGAGGAGACGUGCAGCUGCUGCUGACGGCUCCGGUUGGGGUCUAUGUGCGUUCCUGACUGAAUCAGUCGCAGCCGCUUCACGGUGAAUGGAGCCUUCACCGCCGAUCGUCUGGUCCUAGCAGAACAGUCCUACCCAAUUGACAGACUCCAGAAGCAGUUCAGGUAUUUGUCCGAUCUGCCUCUACAUGCUUUUAAGAAUGCACAGCCUCUGAUCCUCAUUGGUACAGACAACCCUCACCUCAUUACCCCCAUUGAGCCAGUUAGGUUGGGUCCACCGGGUGCACCAGCAGCAGUCAGAACCAGGCUCGGAUGGGCUCUCCAAGGACCGAUGAGAUCAGAGGGCAGUGGUCUCCAACACGCCCAGUGUUUGUUUACAUCUGUUUACCACGCUAAUACGGACCUACUGAAGAAUGUGGAGAAACUCUGGCAGACUGAUGUUCUUCCCUACCAGAACGAAAAGACAGUGGCUCGUUCCAAGCUGGAUCAAGAAGCUGUGGACCUGUUGGAGAAGAGAACGGAACGGGUGUGCGUGGAUGGGAUUCUUCGUUACGCUACACCACUGCUACGGAAGAAAAAUAUGCCUGUUCUUAAAGCCUCUCCCGAAUCAGUGAUGUUCAACUUGAGGAGCAAUGAGAAAAGAUUGAGUAAGAACCCAACGAUGGCUAACACAUAUCAGGAGGAGAUUCGGAAGCUGGUCCAGGCUGGUAGUGUGGCGAAGUUGGACCCCCAAGACACUACAUCUGAUGGGGAGUCGUGGCUCAUUCCUCAUCAUAUGGUGAGCCAUAACCACAAGAACAGGCUGGUGUUCAAUUGCUCUCACCAGUACCAAGGCCUCAACCUCAACGACUUCCUACUACCUGGACCUACCCUCAGUGCAUCACUUCUGGGGGUGUUGAUUCGGUUCCGGGAACAUGCCGUCGCCAUCAGCAGCGAUAUAAAAGGGAUGUUCCACCAAGUUCGCCUCCUCCCAGAAGAUAGACCCCUUUUGAGGUUCUUGUGGCGGGAUCAGGCUAAAGACCGACCACCAGACAUUUAUGAAUGGCAGGUGCUUCCCUUUGGCACCACCUGUAGCCCCUGUUGUGCGACAUAUGCCCUCCAGCGUCACGUCACUGACCACAGUCAGGAGGGAGAGGAUGUGCGGUUUUCGGUGGAGCGGUGUUUCUACGUCGACAACUGGCUACAAAGCUUAGCAUCUGUGGAGACAGCCAGAGCCUUGGUGGAUAAGCUCCGGGCGUUGCUCCUCUCCGCAGGAUUUGACCUUCGUCAAUGGUCAAGUAACGCAACGGAGGUGAUCAGUCACUUACCAAGUGAGGCCCGUUCCCCUGCGACAGAGCUCUGGCUGGCACAAGACAAGCACGAUCCAUCGGAAAGCACACUUGGACUUAGUUGGAACCCUCAAAAGGACCUCAUCGGUUACAAACACCGUCCCCUCAGUUAUGGGACAUUGACCAUGAGGAACAUCUACAAGGUUCUCGCCUCCCAGUACGAUCCCCUGGGUUACAUCUUGCCAUACACGACCCGUGCUAAGGUGAUGGUUCGUCAGCUGUGGGAGAAGCGGCGGGAUUGGGAUGACCCUCUGCUCCCUCUGGAUGUCCAGCAGCUGUGGGCACAGUGGGAAAGUGAACUUCAACUACUUCCCCAAGUUACCUUACCCAGACAUUACACACAGGCAGCUGAUGAUGCUUCAAUCAUCAACAGACAAGUACACAUAUUCUGUGAUGCUUCGGAACAGGUUUAUGGGUCGGUGGCGUACCUCAGGUCUGAGGAUAGUCAAGGUCAAGUACACCUAUCCUUUAUCCUCGCUCGCUCACGGGUGGCACCCAGGCGACAAUUGUCCAUACCCCGGUUGGAGCUUUCUGCAGCCCUGACAGGAGCCCAACUAGCUAAGCUGUUGAACGCAGAGCUUACCCUGAAGAUCGACACUACAACCUUGUGGACAGAUUCCACCACAGUGUUAAGAUGGAUCCUUGCAGACUCCUGUCGCUAUAAAGUAUUUGUGGGCACCCGAGUGGCCGAAAUUCAAGAGUUAACUGACUUGAAGUCCUGGCGUUAUGUCGAUUCAGCCAGAAAUCCGGCUGACGACAUCACUCGGGGUAAGACCCUAAAGGAUCUGUCUGAGCCGAACCGGUGGAACCAAGGACCCCCCUUUCUACUCCAGACUUCAGAUUGCUGGCCUACCGAUCCAGCCACCCCACUGGAAGAGGAACACACGGAGCUGCGGAAAUCAGUCUUUUGUGGUUUAACUUCAACGAUUACCUCCUCGAACGCCGACCCUGAAACCUAUAAGGACUGGCAGGAAUUGCUUGAGUCCACGGCCCAGACUCUGCAUACGGCGGAUGGCAAAGAUGGACACCUGAGUGCGGAGGACUAUCGCAAAGCGGAGAGACACCUUGUCAAGAGGAUACAACACGAUAGCUUUCCCGAAGAGAUCAGGUGUCUGAGUUCUGGCAAGCCGGUUGCUAACAACAGUAGGUUGCGUGCCUUAGCUCCCCAGUUGGAUGAAGACGGAGAAAUCAGAGUAGGGGGUCGGCUGAGAUACGCGAAGGACCUGGAGCUGGGAGCGGUGCAUCCCAUCGUUCUAGAUCCGAACCACCCAUUCACCAGACUGUUAAUACAGGAUUACGAUCGACGUUUGUGUCAUCCAGGCCCUGAGCGAUUGUUUGCGGACAUACGUCGGAACUUCUGGAUACUGCGAGGAAGAGAAGCGGUUUGACGGUAUCAGUCCCGAUGCUCUGACUGCAGACGUUGGAAGGCCAAUCCUACCGUUCCUCAGAUGGCUGAUUUGCCCGCUGCGCGUCUCCGCCUCUUCAAACCUGCUUUUUACUCCACAGGGACAGACUGUUUCGGUCCAUUUCAGGUCAGAAUUGGGAGGCGCAACGAGAAACGAUGGGGUAUCAUCUUUAAGUGUUUAACUACCAGGGCAGUCCAUCUUGAUAUCCUCACCCACCUUGAUGUUGACUCCU